GAAGCUUGUUCCGGUGCUGAGGUGGCUGGGGCGAGGUUGGUGUUAAUACGGUGGGUGAGUCUCUCACUGCUCCGUGCGCUCCUGCCACUGUUCCCCGGCGACGACUCCGACAGUCAAGAGUUUUGCUUUAUGCAACCUGUCGGUAUCCAAGAGAGAAAAAAUGACAAGAAGGAGCUGUGUGGGACUGCUCUGCCUUGGAAACCUCUUUACUGCUGAAUAAACAGACAUGUGAACUACUCAGUGCAUAAAAAAGGGUGAAGAUGCUGAGCCGCUUGUCAGGGUUAGCAAACACUGUUUUGCAAGAGCUGUCAGGUGAUGAUGGAGAUGCAGAUCCUGAAUCCUCUGUUGCUGUCCAGGCUUUAGAGCCAGAAGCAGAAAGCAUGGAGGAGGCACCAGAGGAGCUGUCGGAGCGUCUGGCCCAAACAGAACAACUAGUUGUUCAGCUGAAGGAUUUGAUCCGAGAAAAGGAUGCCCUGCUCCAGCAAAAAGAAACUGCACUCAAGGAGGAGCGAGAGGCUGCAGAUGCAAAGCUGAUGAAGCUGAAACUUCAGGCCAAAGCCAAACUGUCCUCUCUGAACAAACGCAUUGAGGAGCUGACAGAGAAAGGAUCACCAUUGCCUGCACAGACCUUAUCAGAAGAGCAAGUGUGUCCCAAGUGUCAGAAGAACCAAAGAACAAGCGAAGGGCACGGAGAGAAAACUGAAUCACUAGAAAAGCAGCUCAGGGAGCAAGAGGAAACUGUCCAGGAUCUGAAGGAACAGCUGGCUUUAGCCAAACGGAAUCUGAAAGAUGCUGAAAUCAAGUAUGCUACACAGAUUAACUCCCUGCAGGAAGUGAUUCUGGAGAAGGAAGCCCUCCUAAAAGAGCAGGGCCAACAGCACCAAGCUGAAUUGCUCAAGAUAGCGACCCAGUCAGAUCUGAAAGUAGAGAUGCAGCAGAACCUGUGUACACUUCAGAGGAAGCUGGAGGAGCAGGAAGCAGCACUGCUGGGACACACUCAGGUAGUGGAACUGCUGCAGCAGGAGCUACAUACUGCUGAGCAACAAAACCAGGCACUCCUAGCUCAGUGCCAGAAGAUGGAAGUGGAUCUAAGCACCCUGCGGGAUGUGCUAGAUGCAGAGAGACGAGAAUCUCAGGAUGUCAGAGAGAAGAUGGAGAUGGAACUAGCUGAGAGGAAGCUGUCCUCCCACCGCUUGCAGGAGGAGGUGCAGUGUCUCUCUGAACAGCUGGAAGAUGCAAGAAGAGCACAAGCUAAAUUAGAGGUGAAGUAUAAAGACCUGCAGCAGAAACAGAGGCUGGAGGUGGAAGAGAAAAACCUUCAGGUCAGUUGCCUUAAGGUGGCUGAGAAAGAGCUGCAAUCUAGCCAUUCUGCCCUGGUAGCUGAGAAUGAUCAGCUGAGACGGGAAGUUGACCGGCUGCUGGAGCUGUCUGCCGAAAACAGUGCUACAAUACAGAAACUACAGGAUGAACUUGUACAGAAAUCAGAAGAAUUUAUCUGUUGUCAGAAUGAGUUGAAAUCCCAGUCAGCAGAGCAGGUCACUAAACUGAAGAAGCAGGAUGAAAAAUCUCCAUGGAAGAAAAUGAUAGAUCAGAAAGAUGGAAAUGGAACUUCACUCCUACCCACAGAAAACUCAGAAAGACAGAAGACUGAAGAAAUACCACACAUGCAACUUGUUCCCCAGGAGACUCAGCAGGAAGUUGUGAUGUACUUUUUCUUUUACCAACAGAAUAGAAAUGUUGGACCUGAGAUAAAAUUGCAAGACUUGCAGACUCUGGAAACAGCCUCUGGUGUAGACUGCUUUUCUACAGGUGUGUCAGGAGAGCUGGUGAAUUCUGAAGUGCAGAAGCCUUUUGAUGACUCUUUGGUGCUCCCUGAGGCAAGCACAGUUGGCUUUCCCAAUGGAAGCAAGCAGCUUACUGAGGAAAAUUGUCCCCCUGAAAUUCUAGAAUAUUUUGCUGUAAAGAAACAGAAGGAGCUGUCAGUUUUGCUGCUGGAACUGAAGGAAGCCCAAGAAGAAAUAGAUUUUCUGAGAAGUCAGCUCAAGGGCCCAAAUGGCCAAGCUUCUACAAGUAACCAAACAGGAGAAGCAGUUAACCAGCUACAAGAUAAUUCCUGGAUAUGGUUACAUGAGAGGGAAGAGCAGAAGGCUUCAGAUACACCAAAUGAGUCAGACAGUAGCUCAUUAGUGAAAGAAACAGAACUGCAGCAAAUUGGUGUGCUUCAGGAAAACAAAAGCAGUCUUCAAGCAGUGUGCCAUGGGAGCACUGUUCCCUGCAGACGGGAGAUGGAGGCAAUGCAAAAAGUCCCUGCAGCAGAUCCAGAGCCUGGCACCUCUCCGGCUCAAGAAAUUAUAAAGUUACAAAACCAAAGUACAGAACUGCAAAUAACUCUGCAGAAAUCACAAGAAGCCUAUAAGAAAGAUCUAGGAGAAAAAAGUGCUGAAAUAAAUAGGCUAAAGCAGUUGGCUGAGGAAUACAGAAAAAAAAUAGAGGAUUCCGACAGAGUGUUUUGUGUCUUGACUGAAGAACGAGAUCAGCUCCUGUGUCAAGUGAAGGAACUUUCUACCAUAACAGAACUGAAAGAGCGAGUGAAGCAACUUGAGGAAGAUCUAGCUCUUUCAGAAAAGCAGAGAUUGUCAGACAGUGAAAGCAGACUUCUGAGAGAACAAAUCCAGAGCCUUAAAAAUGAAUUUAAAUCCAAGGAGAUAAAAAUUGAAGCUUUGCAAAAAGACUUGGAUGAAGCACAGCUUCAGCUUUCUAACCAGGACGUGCAACUAAAGGAUCUGAGAAGCCAGAUUGAGAAGAAGGAAUGUGAAGUUCUUGAUCUAGAACAACUUUUGAAGAAGAAUACAGCUGAGUUAGAAGAGCUUUCCCAAAACUUAGCCUCAAAGAGAUGUGAAACAGCAAGCUUAGAACAACUCGUUGCUGAACACACCAGGUCUAUAGAGAGCCUGCAACAAACCUUGCUGGAGAAAGACCGACAGAUGUCAGAGAUCAGCGUCAGCAUGUCUGAGAAAAUGGUCCUGCUGAAUGAAGAGAAAUUUUCUCUAGGAAAUGAGCUGAAGAGUCUUAAGGAGCAAACGAGUCCUGUUAUUAAAGCCCAGGAAGAAAGAGACCAAAACAUAGAAGCAAAAAAUAAUCUGAAAUGUGCUGUGUCUGAGCAGCAGCAUGAGACAGAGGCAGCGUGCAAAGAAAGUGACAGAUUGGUGAAUGAACUUGAACUUCUGAAAAAAGAAAAUGAGCAAGUCAAGCAGAAGCUGCAAGCAGCCCUUGUUAACAGGAAGGAGCUUCUGAAGAAGGUCAGAAAAUUAGAGAAUGAAUUAGUACAAUUGAGAAGAGAGCAAGAUUCAGAAACCUCAGUGGCUCAGGAAACUGAAGGGGAAGAAAAUAUAACAAGUGUGAUGAGCAGAGAAGUGAAUCUCGAAAGCCAUCCCAGUGAAGAGUAUCUGAUUCAGCUGCUUUCUGAGAAGGAAUCUGAGUUGCAGAGCAUACAGAAGGACCUGCAGGAUAAAGAAACUACCGCAGCACGAUUGCAGGCACUGAUUGAGGAAAUGAAGCGAAGCUUGCAAGGAAAGACAAACAUUGUCUCAAAUGAGGAUGAAAUCAAAAUCAUGGAGAGUCAGGCAGUUGCUGACAAAGUAGAUGAAACCAAUAAAAGCCCAAAAGAUUAUGAAGAAAAUGGAAAAAAUACUCUAGCAGCUAUAAAUCUUGAAGAAGACCAAAAAUCUUCUCUUAAAGAGAGGAUUUCAACUCUUGUACAAGAAAAAGAACAACUUCAAAAAAAACUGCAGGAAGCCCUGAUAUCUCGCAAAGACACUAUAAGAAAGGCUCAAGAAAAAGACAGGCAUCACAGAGAACAGCUAAAACAGCAGAAGGAUGAUUACAAUGUCCUACAAGAACAAUUUGAUAAGCAAAGCAAAGAGAAGGAGAGCAUCCAAGCUCAGCUCAGACAGCUCCAAGAACAGAAAGAAUCAACAGAAACUGUUCUUGGGAAUCAAGGUGGGUUGGAUUCUUCCUGCAUGGAUGCAAAAAAUACAACAGAUAGCAAACUUGUGCAAGUUGCAGAUGUUUCUGGGGAAGAAUUAAAGGGAAAACUUGAAAAAUUGCAGAUGGAGAAAGGGGAAUUGGAAUAUAACAUUAACCAUAUGCAAAAUGAACUUGCUUGCAAAUCAGGACUAGUCUCUCAGUUGCAAGAGCACAUAGUACAGUUGUUUCAGGAGAUAGAAGGGUUGAAGAGAACCUCUGACCAAGCUGAAGCUAAGGCAGCAAGUCUUCAGACGGAACUGGAGAGGAGUCAAGCAAAAAUCUCUAAUGAGGGCAGUCUGGAAGAUGUGAAAACACUUAUGCAGCAAAAGGAUGAAGAAAUUGAACUUCUUAACUUGCAGUUACAGGAGAAAAGUGAAGCUCUCAGUAAUGUGCAGGCACAGUUGCUGGAAAGAGAGGAUUCAGUCAAGAGACUAUGUAGUCAGUUGGAAACUCAAGCUCAGGUACAUGAGGAUGAAAGCAAACGACUGCAGACAGAGUUGCUUGAAAUUCAGGAGAAGCAAGACGAGGGUGCAGAAGCAGCUAAACAGAAGAAUCAAAUGCAGAGAAAGUUGCAAGCUGCCCUUAUCUCUAGAAAAGAGGCACUGAAGGAGAGCAAGUCUCUGAAAGAGGAGCUGGCUACUGCUAAAACUACAAUUGAAAAUCUUAAUGACAAAUUGAAUAAUAUGGAAAGCCAAAUAUGUGGCCACGCUAAAGAAACAGAAACUUUAACAGAAAAGCUAGCCAGCCUCACUGAAGAACGAGAAAAACUGAUUGCAGAAGUUGAUAAAGCACUUACAGAAAAUCAGAAUCUUGAUGGGUGCUGUAAAAACCUUACAUUAACUCUGGAUAGAGUUGUUCUGGAGAAGGAGGAGCUGGAGAAGGAGGUGGAAUCCUUGAAAUGCUUUCAAGCCACAGAGAGUUCUGAGUGGCAGGAGAAAUACAGAGAGCUGCAGAAAGAAUAUGAAACUCUCCUGCAGUCCUAUGAGAAUGUGAGCAAUGAAACUGAGCGGAUUCAGCGUGUUUUGGAAAGUGUUAGGCAGGAAAAGCAGGCAAUUUUCAUGAAUCUAAAAAGUGUUGAAGCCAAAAAAGAGGAAACGGAUAAGCAACUACAGGAGGCUCGACAGGAGAUCAAUGGAAUGAAGGAGAAAAUGAGGAAAUUUGCAAAAUCAAAGCAACAAAAGAUCCUGGAACUAGAAGAGGAAAAUGAGAACCUAAGAGCAGAAAUGCAUUCUACAGAUAGAGAGCUGCACAGGGCUGGAGAUGUCUUUACAAAUACUAGCCUGAAAGAAGAGCUGGAAAGCUCUAGGAGGGAUUACCAGUCUCUUUCUGCUCAGCUUGAGAUAGUAAUGGCUGAAAAGGAGUCUCUUAAUAAAGAGAUCACAGACUUAAAGCAUCAUUUGCAGCUAACAGAAUUUAAGCUGAAGGAAAGCAGAGAACUGGUGGACAAGCAUGCUGCUCAGAAGACAACAGGGGAAGAAACAAAUCAGGCAGUUGCUGCACCAACGGACAGGACUGAAAAUCAAGUGGAGAAAAGUUUUAGACCAGACUCUCCUACUGAAGAACUGGAACAAAAAGCAUCUGCAGGCAGUAGCCCCCAUGAAGAACUUGGUACCUACAUACAGCAGAUAGCUGAACUCAGAGAGCGAAUUACAGAACUAGAAGGUAACAGGAGGGCUUCAGAGCAAGAGCUGGGUGACAUCCGCAUGUGUGUUGAGACUUUAGCAGGGGAGAAACAGGCUUUAGAGACCCAAAUGAAAGAGAAACUCUAUGAAUUGAAUGUUCUUCAGGACACACUUGAAGAGAUGGAACAAACAGUCAAAAAAACCAAAGAUGACCUUGUCAGGAUGACAGAACUGAAAGACAGGCUAGAAGCUGAGAAGGACGAUUUGGAAGAAAGGCUAAUGAAUCAGCUGGCAGAACUUAAUGGGAGUAUUGGAAACUAUCAGCAAGAUGCAACAGACUUCCAGAUCAAAAAUGAGCAACUGCAACAGGAGGUUCAGAGUUUGCAGAGAAUGAUGCAUGAACUGGAGGAGGAGAAAUGUCAGAUGGCAAAGGAGAAAAGCAAAGCAAGUUCAGAAAAGCAAAAGGAAUCUGUAGAAAAGGCAAAAUGCAGUUGGAGGGGAGACAGCAGCACACAUGUAAAGGAGCUUCAGGAGCUGCUGAAAGAGAAACAGCAGGAGAUUAAGCAGCUGCAGAAGGACUGUAUUAAGAGCCAGGAAAAGAACAGUAGUUUAGAAAGAACUAUUAAAGCUCUGGAAUUCGUGCAGACUGAGUCUCAGAAAGAGGCAGAAGCAGCCAAGGAGAAUUUAGAUAAAGCAGUAGAAGACACCAAGAAAGCCCAAGCGGAGCUUGCACUCUGCAGAGUAGUGUUGGAUGAUACCCAGAGUGAGGCAGCAAGGGUUCUAGCAGAGAGUGUCAAAGUGAAAGAAGAGCUGCAGGCAAACAAAGAGAAUAUUAAGAUUCAAAUGAAAAAAAAAGAUGAGGACUUUGAGAGAAGACUGGAGCAGGAAAAAGACAAGCACUUAAAGGAAAUCAGGAACAUGGAAGAAAAGCUGGCAGCUUUGCAGAGGGAGAAAGAUGAUACAGAAACAGCUCUUGGUGAGCUUCAAGCCUCCUUGAAGACAAAAGAUGAAGUAGUCAAGCAAUUGGAAGGCAGCCUAAACAAAACCCUAGCCCAGCUUGCAGCUUUCACCAGGAGCAUGUCAUCCCUUCAGGAUGACAGGGAUAGAGUGAUCAGUGAAUCAAAAAUGUGGGAGAAGAAAUUCACUGAAACCAUUCAAAAGAUGGAGGAAGAAAUACAUUCAAAAGAGGAAACUUGUGUUGUCCUCAAGGACCAGAUGAAACAGAUGACCAUGCAUGUUGAAGAACUUCAGACUCAGAUAUCCAGGCUGGAACACAACAAGAAAUGCUGGGAGUCUGAAUCCAGGAAGGAGAUUGAGCAUCAUCAAAAGACAUGUGAAAUGUUGCAGGAGGAAAAAAAGGAGCUUUUGACCCAGCUUGAAGAAUCUCAAAAACUGUACAGCAGGUCUCAGAAUGAGCAGCAGAAACUGGAGUCAGAGAUCAGCAGCCUGAGAGACCAGCUUGCUGACUUACAGAAUUCCUUCACCCAAUGUGACUUGGUCAGAGAAGAGCUGGGGAGCUUAGUCAAGCAACAAGAGACCAGCAUCCAGAAUUUUAAGUUCAGCUGUGAACAGCUUGAGGCUGAUCUGCAAGCCUCAAAGGACCUAACAAAUAGGCUGCAUGAAGAAACGAGUGCCAAGGAUCAAAAAAUCAUUAGUUUGCUGUCUGCCAAGGAAGAAGCAGUUAUGGCUGCUCUAUCUGAAUUACAGCAGCAGCAUUCUGAGGAGAUGAAAGAGUUGCAGCAUAGGCUAAGUAAGAAGGAAGAAGAUAAAAGAGCCUUGGAAAAUGAGAAGAACCAAUUUCUUAGCAAACUUGAUCAUCUCAAUGAAAAGAUUAAAAUAACCAGAGAAGAAAGUAAGCAACAGAAGGCACAACUGGACUCCUUCACCAGGUCCAUGUCCUCUUUGCAAGAUGAUAGAGACCGUAUCCUGAGAGACUAUAAGCAACUGGAGGAGCGACAUCUUGGUAUAAUCUUGGAAAAGGACCAGCUAAUUCAAGAGGCUGCUGAUGAAAACAACAAGCUGAAGGAAGAAAUCAGAAGUUUUCAUAGCCGGAUGGAUGACCUCAACUCUGAGAAUGCCAAGCUGAAUGCAGAGCUGGUGCGGUAUAGAGAGGAUCUAAACCAAGUGAUUACAAUAAAGGACUCCCAGCAGAAGCAGCUUCUCAAAACACAACUUCAGCGGAUCCAAGCCCUGGAAAAGGAGAAGACAGUCAUAGAAACACAGCUGAAGGAGUCUGAGCAAACUCAGGAUGACCUCAGGAAGAGCAUGGUGGCCUUGAGAGAGGAUAAAGUCAGUAUGUCUCAGGAGAUUGAAGCCCUUACAUCCUCUUUGUCUCAGGUGCAGAGUGAGGUGACAGCAUUACGAGAGGGGGGUCCUGUAAUGGAGUGUCAAGCUCAAUUGAAGGCCCAAGAAGAAGAGGCACAGGAACUGAGUCAUAAGCUUUCCUUGUCACAGAAAAGGAUAAGAGAACUUGAGGGGGAACUAGUAUGUGUUCAGAGGGAUGCAGCCAAGAGAGUGGAAGAAGCCGAGGACAGGCUUCGGAAGGAAUUGAAGCACCUACAUCAUGAUGCAGGGAUAAUGAGGAAUGAAACAGAAACAGCAGAAGAGAGAGUAGCAGAGUUGGCACGGGACUUGAUGGAAAUGGAACAAAAAUAUCUUUCAGUCACAGAUGAAAAUAAAGAUCUCAGAGCUCAAAUUCAGUCUUUUGGGAAGUCCAUGAGCUCUCUUCAGGAUAGCUGGGACCAGGCCAAUGAAGAGCUUCAUGUUUUGAAACAGAAAUACUCUGUAGACUUGAAGGAACAAAAGAGUCUGGUGCAGGAUCUUCAGAAACAGAUGGUUCAGCUACAAGAGGAGCAGCUUUCCACUGCCAGCAACCGAGAUACAGUGAGGUCUGAGCUGGCAGAACUGCAGAAAGCCACUGAUGAAAGAGGUCUCUUGGCCCAGAUUGAGAAUCUUAAUCAGAAGCUCAGGGCCAAAGAUGAUGAGCUUCUCCAUUUAUCUUCGAAGCUGGAAGACUCUUCCAACCAAGUCAAGUCUUUUUCCAAGGCUAUGGCAAGCCUACAGGAUGAGCGAGACCGUCUGCUGAGUGAAUUGAGCAAAGCACGUAAGAUUGAAGAAGUGAAGCAACAAGCAGAAGGGAGCACUCCCACCACUCCUUCAGAAGUUCAGAGUCUUAAGAAGGCACUCUCCUCCUUGCAGAAUGACAGAGACAGAGUAGUGAGAGAGCUGAAGAACCUGCAGCAGCAAUACAUACUUAUAGGGGUAGAAUCAGCUGAAAAUUCUCGUUUAAAAGCCCAGCUGCAGGAGUACCAGCAAGAUGCAGACAGACAGCUCUAUCUCCAAGAACAACUGAAGCAAGAAAGCAUGUUAUACCAGAAGGAGCUCCAGCAGCUCAGGCAAGAGAAAACUACCUGGGAAAAGCAGAACAGCAGCAUGAAGGAGCAGUACCUGAUGGUCAUAGCAGAAAAAGACAAGCAACUGAACCAUUUGCAAAGGAUCAUGCAAGAAAUGAGACUGCCCCUCAGCAAGUCUCAAAUUGUGGAGGAGCAGUACCAAACAAAGAUUUCUUCAGAAGUUCUGAGAGGGGACUUUUCAAGCCUAGAAACAGAGACAAAACAUCUCCAGACCCAGCUAAGUGACAGCCUGAAAGAACUUCACCAAAAAGAGCUCAAAAUUCAGCAGUUAAACAGCAAGCUAUCUCAGGUCUUUGAGGAGAAAAAUGCCCUGUCCCUCCAGCUGCGUGGUAGCAGUCGGAACAUCUGUGAGAGCCAUCAGCACUACAGUGAGGUUCUGAACCGCUGCUUGGUGCUUGAGAGGCAGCUCCAGGAGCUGCAGUCUGCAGACAAAUGCAUGGAGUUGUUUGCAACAGAUGCUGCUCCAGGAGCACCCCAAGAAAAGAAUGAACCUCAGAGCAGCAAUUACACACCAGAACUCCAGGAGUUGCAGCUGAGGCUGUCUGAAUCAGAACAUUUACAUAGCAGCACAAAGCAGGAUCUGAGGUAUCUCGAGGAGCAUCUGGAGGAAGAACGGGACCGUCGUCUUGCUGUAGAGGAGGCACUCUCUGCAGCUCAGGAUCAGAUUAGGAGGUUGCAAUCAAGUGAGUGGAUUUCUUCCUCAAGUGCUAGCAUUGAUGUGACUCCAGGUCACGAGCGUUCCUUGCUGAUUGACUCCAUGGAUAAUAAUUUCAGCAAAACUCAAAAUAUUCCUGGACUACGGCGCCUGCUAUGUUCUCUCCUCCGUUCCCGGACCCACUUGCCUCUGCUAGUGGCCACCUAUCUGCUUGCUCUCCAUGUCCUGCUCCUCCUGUGCUUCACAGGCCACCUAUGAAGAGGAAUGACAGCCUCUUCUUGAGCCACAGCCCUUUGUGUGAUCCCUGGGCCUAAAUUCCCUAUUGACCACUUCACUCAGGGCAGCACUUCACUCAGCUGCCUUCUUUUUGCAAAUCAGCCCUUAAAGAGCAGCUGCUCCCAGCAACUUGCAUUCAGGUGGCUUGCUGUCCAAGGACACGAGUGGUGAAACUUGGGAUGCUUCCAGGACAUCUGCCAUUCCUUCCCUAUUUUUAAGUGAGUGUUACAUUUUCUGAGCCAGGGUCCUCACGCUACAAACUUCAAAACCAGCGUUCAAAACCAGUUCCUGUAGCUGGAGGUAGCACCAUUCAUUUUAUUUAGUAUUGUGCUGUGGUAGGAAUAAGAAAAUUAUUCUUCAGUUUUCAUAGUAUUUCCACACCUCUAGGAACUGCAGGAUCUUCCCCCUCUUUCACCACAUCAGUGAGUUGGUUUGGGGUAACUCUACAAACAAAGAAAGAGAAGCCUCUUCCUUCUCUUCCACCCCUUAGAUUUGCUCUGUGGCUCAGUGCUGUUUGAAAUCCAUAUCCUAAGGAAGUUGUGGACACUCUAAGGUACAUGAAUUGAAUUUCAAAAUCGCAUUUCUUGCUCAGUCACAUCUCCUGUUGAAGAAGGGCCAAAAUUAGUGUAUCUGGACCUGCUGAGCAUUCCAUUUAAAAACAGCCAUAUAUCUGCCCUGACAAGCCUGUAAAAUAAUGUCAGUCAUUUAGUUAUUGGCAGAAAGGAAUAGGAAACAAGAAACUUUUUUUGCUCUUAAGUUAAUAACCUUGCUGUGUAUUGCAUUUGUGCACCUCUCACAAUGGAAGGUCCUUGCAUACUUCUCAAAGUGAGAGCAGCCUUGUUCCUGUAUUCUCAUCCACUGAACCCUUAUCACAAGAUUAAAACUGCACAGGCUGUGUUGAAGGGUUCCAUAAUCUGGUAAGUGGGCCCAUAUCAAAGGCAGAAGCUCCAGAAAUAAACUGUCCUACCUACACUGAGGAAGGCCACAGAGUUCUGAAGCCUUCUGGCAUCUCUGCUGUAGGAAAAGCCUGUUGUAGAAAGCUAGUGCUGGUCAUUGGACUUGUUUGAAGCUAAAACAAACUGAUGUAAAUGGACUUGAUCUUACAGGAUAUAUUGAAAGUUGAGUUUUGUAAAGCACUCCUGAAUAUGUCCUUGAAUUGAGACUGCCGUCGUCCAAAGGGAGAAUGCUGAAUGCUAAGAAGAUAGUUCCCUCUCAGAGACCAAGUGGUUCUGUUCAUAGUAUUUGCCAGAAAUACUGUGUUGGCCUCUUGCUAGAGUAUUAACCAUCACAUUUUUCCCAUGGGAAAGAGGUAGUUCUUUUGCUAUUGCUGGUAAACAGAGAUUCUCUAGCUAGUCAACAAGGCCUGUUUGAGGAUGAAUUGAUUUCAUCAUGACAGCUGAAAAUACCUGGAUCUCUGGUAGGUCCAGAACAUUGGCACUAUAUAUCCAUUUGUGCAGUACCUUUGAUUAUCUGUGUAGAUUUUCUCAACUGUUUAAAACUCAGUGACCAAUUACUUUGCCUAUAUCUUCCUGGGGCAUGUGCUUCUGUAUAUAUAUAUAUAAUAAAAAUUAUUUUUCAGCUGGAAUUUAUGUAAUGUUGUCAUGUAAACAUCAGAGGUCUCGAGGGUACAGUGCUGCUGUAUCACACCUUUUACUGGACCCUGUGUGUGCCCUUGCUUGUCUCUUGAUCUGGGAACUCUGUUUAUGUUACCUGAAUGCACAGGGAGAUGGACUUUCUCCCCUAUCUCGUGUCUCUCUCAGACUUUUUUUAGGUUUUGCUGCUAUGACAACAGAAGGAAAUUGCACUUUAAUAGUGAAAUAAAUUCCAAUUUAAAAAUGUUUAUUUUUCUUCGUGUAAAGGCACAGGAGAUAGUACCAAGCUGGAUGCACACUACUAGCCUAAAUAAGACUAGAUAAAAUAUACCCGUCCUCUUCCAACUUUCUGUAGCCAAAAACAGGAACCUUUGUUCAUAUUCUCUUUGUUCAUCUCCACCACCACCAUUAGGACAAAAGCCAGCAAUGAGUGGGGUGUUGUAUGGCCACAGAUGGUUGCCUCUGUAUUUCACAGGAGCAAGAGUUGACAGCAAAGUAUUUCCUUAAAGCCCAUCCUGCAAGUUUUCCUGGAGUAAGACAAGCUUCUGCUGGUUCAGAGACAUUUUUUAACCUUCAUGUGAAACAGUUACAGCUUAUGUUAAACAUAUAUUAAUAAAACUUCAGUGGGAGCUCCUGAUCUUAUAAUCACAGUCUGACUUGACAGCUUUGUGAUUUCAUCUGAUGAAAGACAUGGCAUUUUAGCAUAUGUUUCCUCUUAA